AUGGGGCAGCCACAGCUUGUUGCCCUGAAGUGUUUGGGAGCUUCCGCAGCAGUUCGAGUUGCGUUUGCGGAGCCUGAACGCUCCCCUGGGAUGAGCGUGUGGAGCGGUUCCCGCUGUAACGUUCCCCUUCCUCCGCCAGGUGUAAUUAACACAAUCGCCAAGUUAGCCAAGACCUGCACCCUGCGCCUGACUGUCAGCAAGCUGUACUUCAUCCUCUCCGAUAAAGUAGCAAAUGGAGGUGUGGGUAUGUGGUGUGAGCUGAACCAGGGGAAUUUCUUCAAUGAGUUUCAGAUGGAAGGAGUGGCCGCAGAGCACAAUGAGAUCUACUUAGAGUUGAUGCCUGAGAACCUGUCGAGAGCAUUAAAAACUGCCCAGAAUGCUAACGCAGUGAAGAUGAAGUUGACUAACAAACACUGUCCCUGUCUCAGAGUCGCUGUGGAGCUACCAUCCUUAUCAAGCAGCAGUAGGAUUGUGACACAUGACAUUCCUGUGGGGGUUAUUCCCAGAAGAUUAUGGAAUGACUUCAGAGAGCCCAGUGUACCAGACUUUGAUGUCAGUAUUUACUUACCAGUGCUGAAAACAAUGAAGAGUGUUGUGGAGAGAAUGAAGAAUCUCAGUAAUUACAUUAUGAUUGAAGCAAACUUGAGUGGAGAAAUGAACUUGAAAAUAGAAACUGACUUAGUUUGUGUAACUACACAUUUUAAAGACUUGGGAAAUCCUUCCUGGGCAUUAGAGGAUGGAUGUCAAAGUUCUCAAGACAGAGAUCCAGAAAGCAUGGCUGAGGCACGCAUAGACAUCAGGAAGCUGCAGCAGCUGCUUGCUGGACAGCAGGUCAACCCCACAAAAGCAUUGUGCAAUAUUGUAAGUAAAAGAAUUGUCCACUUCAUCUUGCUUCAUGAGGACGUUUCACUUCAGUAUUUCAUUCCAGCACUUACCUGA